AGGGAUUCUUGUCAACCUAAAUUUUGAAUUGAGGUUAAAUUAAUUUAAUUAUGAAUGUUAUGAGAAAUUAAGCCUCUGGAUACAAUUUUUUUACAAUAAUGUGUUCUAUUCUCAGUUUCUAUAGACUGUACCAACGUGCCAGACCGUUCAAAACAAUUUAUGUCAAUAAACGUUACAAUAAAGUUCUACUUCCGGGUCAUUUGAUCCAGACGAGGAAUUAUUCUUCGAGAAACAACUCUACACAAAGGUGGUCUGAAUGGAGUGGAGUAUUCACCAAAUUUAUCCCAGUAGGUGUGUGUCUUAUAGCAGUUAUGCAAUGGAGGGCAUUUCGAAAGAGGAGUCACGAUAAAGUAGCUACAGAACUUGAAAUAAAAUGUUACUGUUUCUUGCCUUUACGGACAGUAUCUAGAUGUUGGGGUUGGAUAGCAGAUAUAAAAUUACCGGAAGUAUUAAGACCUUACGUCUACAGCAUGUAUAUCAAUAUGUUCAAAGUAAAUUUGUCAGAGGCUUUGAACGAAGAUCUAAAGUCGUAUUCGAGCUUAGCAGAUUUUUUUUCAAGACCAAUUAAAGAAGAAGCGAGGAUUAUCGAUCAGAAAAGUUGUUUGGUUUCCCCAUGCGAUGGUACGAUAUUGAAUUUAGGACCAGUACGCAACGAAGACAUCGAACAAGUGAAGGGUAUUACCUAUACAUUGCCCAGUUUCUUCGGUGAAAACACUUGGAAUAGAAAAAUUGACCAAUGCCCCGAUUACAGAACGUCCCUGCUACAUAAUAAAAAAGAUUGCCCCCAAUUGUAUCAAUGCGUGAUCUACUUAGCACCUGGAGACUAUCACAGAUUCCAUUCUCCGGCUGAUUGGAAACCUACACACCGUAGGCAUUUUCACGGUGAACUUUUAUCAGUUAAUCCCAAAAUAGCCAGUUGGAUCCCUGGUCUUUUUUCGAUAAACGAAAGAUCAAUCUAUCUCGGCGAGUGGGAGCAUGGUUUCUUCUCAUACACCGCUGUUGGAGCUACGAACGUCGGAACGAUCAAAGUGUACUUCGACAAAAGUUUACAAACGAACUGCUCGAGGAAAACCAACAAAUGUAGAGACGUAUGUUUCGGGAACUCCCUCGAGUUGAAAAAAGGUGAUAUUAUCGGAGAGUUCAGGAUGGGUUCGACCAUCGUGCUCGUGUUCCAAGCACCCUCUGAUUUCCGCUUCAACGUUGCACCUGGUGCUAAAAUAAAGAUGGGGCAAAGUUUGGGUUGCGUCAGCGAACACAAGCAAGCUGAAAAGAUGUAGAAUAUCUGUAAUGAAAUAAUGAGAUCAGAAAUGGUAGCAGUCGCAUCGACACAGUGGUUGUAAUGACCAUAAUUUUUACCACGCAGAUCAGACGAAUUUGAUACUUUUUUAUUAAUGAUGAAAAGUUUGAUAAGCUAAAGAUGUCACUGCUAUCAAUUCCUCCAUUUUCGAGAUAUCAAAGUUCAACUUAACGUUUCUUUCUGUUUUCUUCUCAGUUUGGAACACUAUUCUCACUUUUAUAAAGUGUAACGCCUGUAAUGAAAAUUUCAAUGUGAUAUAAUUGUCUAGAAGCAUAUUGCAUUUAAGAAAAAUUUUACAUAACAAUGAGUUUAAAUCGUUAAUUGUGAAAACCCCAGUGAUGGUUUCACUUAUUACUAUAAUCAGAAACUCGCAGAAAUCACCGCCGCCUUAGUUUUUUGGAAAUGGAAUUGAAUAAUUUCUUAUAAAAAUAAAAAAUGACCCACCAAACUAUUUGUGCAAUAUUUAAAAAUUGAAUUCAUGAUGAACAUCACAUUAAAUUGUUUGUAAAUAUGUAUAUGGCUCAGAUUGUAAUAACCACUGAAUUGUUCAGCAUGAAUCAGAAAGCUGUUGGUUUUAUUGAGGUUAUGUUUCGAAUGAUAACUGGUCUUUCAAUAAAAAUUUCUAUAAAUUAUAAAAACACAAUACUAUUGUAAACUAUCGAUUCCUAAAAAUGUUGUGUAUGAAUAAUAAAAUGUUUAUGCUUUUAA